CUGUUCCUUUAACAGCAAUAAGGAAGUGCAAUGUAGAAUGACAGCUCCACAACAACACCAUGGUGCCCGGUAUAUACCAGGCGGCCGGGAGCGCUGAGGGUGGCACAUAGACCGUGGUGUACGGACAUAGACGCGGAGGGUACAUGGCACACCAUGGCUAGCUGGGCCCCCCCUCGGCUUAAUGACUUCAUUCUGACUGAUAAACUGGGCAGCGGCACCUAUGCCACCGUGUAUAAGGCCUACAGGAAGCACAACACACGUGAAGUAGUGGCCAUUAAAUGCGUCAGCAAGAAAAGCCUCAAUAAGGCUUCUGUGGAGAACCUACUGACAGAAAUUGAGAUCCUGAAAACCGUCCAUCAUCCACAUAUUCUUGAGCUGAAGGACUUCCAGUGGGACCGGGAUUAUAUAUUUCUCAUCACAGAGUACUGUGCUGGUGGAGACCUAUCUCGAUUUAUCCGGACCCGUCGUAUUCUUCCAGAGAAGAAUACACAAAUUUUCCUUCAACAGCUAGCAAGUGCUCUGAAGUUUCUGUACGAGAGAAAUAUUUCACACUUGGAUCUGAAGCCUCAGAAUAUUCUACUUAGUAGCUUUGAUAAGCCCUACCUAAAGCUUGCUGAUUUUGGUUUUGCCCAGCACAUGAUAUGCCAGGAUGCACCUCAGGCACUACGUGGAUCUCCUCUCUAUAUGGCUCCUGAGAUAGUAUGCAGUAAACACUAUGAUGCUCGAGUAGACCUCUGGUCUGUUGGGGUUAUUUUGUAUGAGGCUUUAUUUGGGCGAGCACCUUUUGCAUCUAGGUCAUUCUCAGAACUGGAAGAAAAGAUAAGAAGCAACCAAAGUAUAGAGCUCCCAACAAGACCACGGGUUUCCCCAGAAUGUCGUGAUCUUCUUCAGCGACUGUUAGUAAGAGACCCGGAUCAACGUAUUUCUUUCCCAGAUUUCUUUAACCAUCCAUUUGUGGACUUGGAGCACAUGCCAUGUGCGGAGUCUUUACAGAAAGCUGCGGCCUUUGUAGUGGAGGCAAUAGAGAAAGAUGGAGCUGGGGAGCAUUCAGCCGCCCUCACAUUGUACUGCCGAGCUCUGGAAUACUUCAUCCCUGCCCUGCACUAUGAAACAGAUGUUCGCCGUAAAGAAGCCAUCCGUUCUAAGGUUUGUCAGUAUGUGUCCAGAGCUGAGGAAUUAAAGGUCCUGGUGUCAUCUAAAAAUAAGAGCCUGCUACUACAGGGUAUACCAUCACGGGAGCUUUUGAAAGAGAUGUCCCUGGACAAGCCACGUCUGUUUGCUGCCUUGGAGGUGGCCUCAGCUGCGGUAGUGAAGGAUGAAGAAGGCCAGGCUGCAGAUGCUCUGGAUCUGUACCAGCAGAGUCUGGGGGAAUUGAUACUAAUGCUGUCGGCUGAACCUGCUGGAAGAAGACGGGAGCUACUACAUGCUGAAAUUCAGGCACUAAUGAAGCGAGCCGAGUUUCUGAAAGAGCAGAUGAAAACGUCUAGUUGGAAGUCUGAAUCUCUCGGACAGGAAGAGAUGCUAUCAGACUCUGUACGAAGCUCAUGCUCUCUGCAGUAGCCACAUUGAGGGACUCUAACUUGGAAGGAAUUCUCUUAUAUGGUCUUAGUGAUAUUAUGUAUAAAUUAAAUUAUUUUCCAAUC